AGCGCGGCGUGGUGCAUCUGUGAUCGUGGAUGUGACCCACAACUACGUGUUGUGACUGCUCAGUCACGAGUAUAGAUGCAUGGGAUGUGCGGGGGAAGAUUCGUGAUUAACGGCUUCUACCUCGCUGCAGCGGAGGACUUGCAGGUCGAGUCUGGGUGGAUCACUCAUGACUGCCACGAUCCAGAAGCCAGCGAACAGCAUCUAGGACGAGCGGUCAUCAUAGCAUCCAUCACCCCAUCGCUCACAUUCCCCAUCCUUGACAUCUCGACAGCAGGGCUGCAUCGAUCACUUUGCAAGCAAAUCAGAUAGAUACUCCUCCACCCGCAUCAGCAUCAUCAUACAGUCCACCAUGUCUGGCUUCAUCCAACCCUGUCCCAGCGUCCGCUCCCACCUCAUCGUCGACCUGAGCACUCCCAAAGUGUUGCAUCUGCGUCUGAACAGACCAAAGCAGCUCAAUGCCAUGACGGAUGCGCUAGAAGAGGAUCUGUACUCCAUCUUGGACUGGUACGAAUUUGAGCCUUCUCUCUGGCUCUUGAUCAUCUCGGGCACCGGACGAGCAUUCUGCGCAGGUCAAGAUCUGCUAGAUUGGUCCAAGCGCGCCCCUCUCCCGCGCGAGAGCACGCCGGGUGCGAAUGGUGAUCAUCUUGCGCUGCAGAAUGGACAAGAGAUGGAGAAAUUUGUUGGAAAGAUUAGGGCUGGUGGGUUUGGCGCGCUCAGCUCGAGGAGGAGCAAUAAGCCCGUCAUUGCUGCGGUGCAUGGCAUAGCUAUGGGAGGAGGUGUCGAGAUACUGGUAAGUCGAGAGUCGAGGUUGCGCUCAAAGCAUCGCAAUAAGCUGCGUCUGUCUGCCUCGCAACUUCAGGUGGUGAGCAGGAACAAGCCUGCUGAUCCAGCACGCCAAACCGCCUCCUUCUUGCGUCGCUGCUUCAAGCUCAACUGCGAUCUCGUAGUCGCUACAUCUGCCUCCAUCUUUGCUUUGCCGGAAGUAAGCAGAGGAGUAGUAGCUGCGCAGGGGGGUAUUCCUCGACUCGCCGCCGUGGCAGGACACCACUUUGCAUCCCGACUAUUGCUCACCGGAGAAAAGAUUACGGCAGAACAAGCAUGCUCCACUUAUCGUUUCGUCACGCACCUGCACAUCCUCUCUCCAAGCACCUCGGACGAUCUAGCGCAAUCCCAAGUGCUCUCCAAAGCUCUCGAGCUGGCAAAUCAGAUCAUCAAGAAUAGUCCAGAUGCUGUGCAGCUUACAAAAGCUGGCCUUUUGGAUGCGAGGGAUGCGGCCAGACGCAUAGGUGCGCAGCAGCGCAGGGAUCCGUACGCGAACGAGGAUGGAGUGGAUGCGCUGCCUAUCGAAUCGUACCAGAGUCUCAGGAGCAGAGCAUUGUAUGCAGGUCAGAACAUCAAAGAAGGUCUUGCCGCCUUUGCCCAAGUGAGUUCGUAGGACUCGAGUCCACGCUUCGUUGCGAGACCCCCCAAGAGGAAGGCCUUCGUUUUUGCAAGCUGCCUUGCUCGCUGAUGAAGCACCGCCCAUCUAUUUGUCUUGGCUCGCUUUGCCAACAGAAACGUCCAGUGCAAUGGUCCGAUCCCCCUGUUAUACCCGACACCAUCAGCACCGCCGCUCGUCACCGACUGAGCAAGCUUUGAAGCGCGGCACAAGGCCUCAAUCAGCGGGACACACAAAGCAAACGCACCCACGCUUCGCUUCCGCCUCACCUUCGCAACAAUUUUUCUCCAACGAGACCCCACAUUCGCAACUAUAUCACUCUUGU